ACCUUUUGGUGCAUCUUAUUAUCCAGGGAUUGUGGAUCAAUCACAGCAAGCAUACCAAGAAGCUUUUGAAAUCAGCAAAAAGGAAAUGCAGCCAACACAUCCUAUCAGAUUGGGUCUGGCCCUUAACUUCUCUGUGUUCUAUUAUGAGAUUCUGAACUCCCCUGAGAAAGCCUGCUCUCUUGCAAAAACAGCAUUUGAUGAAGCCAUUGCUGAACUUGAUACAUUAAGUGAAGAGUCAUACAAAGACAGCACACUAAUAAUGCAGUUACUGAGAGACAACUUGACAUUGUGGACAUCGGAUACCCAAGGAGACGAAGCUGAAGCAGGAGAAGGAGGGGAAAAUUAAAAGGCCUUCCAACUUUUGUCUGCCUCAUUCUAAAAUUUACACAGUAGACCAUUUGUCAUCCAUGCUGUCCCACAAAUAGUUUUUGUUUACGAUUUAUGACAGGUUUAUGUUACUUCUAUUUGAAUUUCUAUAUUUCCCAUGUGGUUUUUAUGUUUAAUAUUUAGGGGAGUAGAGCCAGUUAACAUUUAGGGAGUUAUCUGUUUUCAUCUUGAGGUGGCCAAUAUGGGGAUGUGGAAUUUUUAUACAAGUUAUAAAUGUUUGGCAUAGUACUUUUGGUACAUUGUGGCUUCACAAGGGCCAGUGUUAAAACUGCUUCCAUGUCUAAGCAAAGAAAACUGCCUCGUAUUGGUUUGUCCUGGUGGGGAAUAAAAGGGAUAAUUGGUUCCAGUCACAGGUGUAGCUGUGGGUACUUUAAGGUUUGGAGCACUUAUGAGGCUAUAGUAGAAAUAGGUAUCCCAUGGAUAUUACAUGUUAAACCAUGUGUUAUCUGUGGAAUACUCAAGUCUCGAUGUGCACGCCAUUGACUACAGCUACAGAAGUGUUCCUUUAGUUGUGACCCAAUUUACUCUGGAUAAGGGCAGAAACGGUUCACAUUCCAUUAUUUGUAAAGUUACCUGCUGUUUGCUUUCAUUAUUUUUGCUACACUCAUUUUAUUUGUAUUUAAAUGUUUUAGGCAACCUAAGAACAAAUGUACAAGUAAAGAUGCAGUAAAAAUGAAUUGCUUGAUAUUCAUUACUUCAUGUAUAUCAAGCGCAGCAGUAAAACAAAAAACCCAUGUAUUUAACAUUUUUUAGGUUUUUUUUUUUGCUUUUGUGGGUUUGUUUUGUUUUUGUUUUGUUUUUGGGGUUUUUUUUUUUUUUUUGAUACUUGCCUAACAUGCAUGUGCUGUAAAAAUAGUUAACAGGGAAAUAACUUGAGAUGAUGGCUAGCUUUGUUUAAUGUCUUAUGAGAUUUUCAUGAACAAUCCAAGCAUAAUUGUUAAGAACACGUGUAUUAAGUUCAUGUAAGUGGAAUAAAAGUUUUAUGAAUG